CAUCUUCAUUAACCACACCCCAUUAAUCCCACUACUUGCUUCAAACCCCAUUUCCACACACAAUCCUACUUAACUUGCAGUAGUUCUCUUGUGUAAACCCUCUAGAUCUUUAUUUUUUUUUUUAUAACUCAAGCGUCUGCGUUAACUUCUGGCUCUUCACUUGAAUAACCAUGAAGAGACCAAGCAGUUUCAUAAGUGGCUAUUAUUACUAUUUGCUAGUUAUAGCUUCGCUAUUGUUGCUUUUGAAUUAUACGGGUGUUAGGGCUCAACUGAGUUCUGAUUUCUAUUCAACAACAUGUCCAAACCUUCUCAAAAUCGUGCGGAAAGAGAUUCAGAAUGCAAUCAAGACCGAAACGCGAAUGGCUGCUUCUUUGCUUCGGCUUCACUUCCACGAUUGUUUCGUAAACGGUUGUGACGGAUCAGUUCUGUUGGAUGGGAACGAUGGUGAGAAGUUUGCCUUGCCCAACUUGAACUCGGCGAGAGGAUUCGAAGUUGUGGACGCUAUCAAAACUGCAGUGGAGAGUGCAUGCAGCGGAGUUGUAUCGUGUGCUGAUAUUCUUGCUGUAGCUGCUCGAGAUUCAGUGCUCCUAAGUGGAGGAAACUCAUGGAAAGUUUUACUAGGAAGGAGGGAUGGUCUAGUGGCAAACCAGACAGGAGCAAAUACUAGCCUUCCUUCUCCCUUUGAGGAUCUUAAUGCUAUCAUUGCCAAAUUUUUUGCUGUUGGACUCAAUCUCACUGAUGUGGUGGUUCUAUCAGGUGGCCAUACAAUAGGGUUAGCAAAGUGUGCAACCUUCAGCUUCAGAUUGAACUUCACAGGGACAGGUACACCAGACCCCACAAUGGAUAGCACCCUGGUCUCUGACCUCCAAAACCGGUGUCCGGCCACCGGAGACGGAAACAACACGGCCCCUUUCGACCGGAACUCGACCGAUCUAUUCGACAACCAUUACUUCAAAAACUUGCUCAGUGGGAAUGGCCUUCUUGCGUCUGACCAAAUUUUAUUUUCUAGCGAUGCGGGUGCAUCGACUACCAAAAGUUUGGUUCAAUUCUACAGUGAUAAUCCCAGUCUUUUCCUUGCGGAUUUUGCUAAUUCCAUGGUCAAGAUGGGGAAUAUUAGUCCUAUAACCGGGUCGAGCGGAGAGAUCAGGAAGAAUUGUAGGGUGGUUAAUUCAUAGAUUGUAAUAUAUAUGAUGGGAUUUGAUAAAUUAGUGUACUGAAAUUAGCUCCAUAAUAUAUGUAUACUAGUAGGCACGUCGUAGUGCUUUCUAAAAAAUAGUUUAAAUGGAGUAUCAAAUUCCAUUUUUCUGAA